CUCCAAACAAAACCCUGAACAUCACGUUUAUUUUUUUCCAACCACUGACAGAUGACGGCUGGACAACUCUGAAAAGUCGGGAGGUUUUCCCGUUUUUCCUAUACCUAAUAUUCUCGUCUACAUCGCCUCCAAAGUGGCUUUUUCAAAAAAUGUUCAGACUUAUCAAAAAAAUAUCGAACAAAAAAUUACCAUGGAAGAAUCCAGCACCGAUAAUACAUCGACCCCUCACCUGUAACUUGAACACCAAACCGAACUUCUUACCUCCCUGUCAUUCUUACAGUCAAAAACAACAAUCCACAAAAUCUGGAGGCAGGGGGGUAUUAUUAGCUGUGGGAGCUCUCGCGUUCACUGGGGGAGCCACAUUGGUGUACGCGAAAUACGACCCAGAUUUCAGAAAAACCCUUACGCAGAACGCUCCCUUCACUGAUUCAAUAAUAAAGACUGUUUUUCAAGAGGGAAGCUCUGGAAACAUAAUUUCAGCAUAUUAUAAAAGCGUGAAGGUUUCGCUAUUAGGCUUGAUAACUGGAGGCGAGAAAACGACAUCCAAAGAUGGUAGGAUUGUGCAAGUGAUUCAGGAACCUACAGAGUAUAAAGCUCCACCACCAAUUGUGCCAGUUUUGGAGAAGGACCUUAAGAAGCCUGAGCAGGUUUACAAUGAAAUUAGGAUGGAAAAAGUUGAAAAGGGGUUACAAGAACCAAUUAUAGAGCUGGCUGGCGAAGUCAAACACAAGCCUAGUGAAAUGUCGGUUGAAGAAGCCGAGAACCUGGCAGAGUUGGAAGAGAAAAUCUGUAAGUCUGCUGAAGAAGCCGUUAAUGCUUAUAAUAAAGCCAUCCACAUUCUCAAAAUGUACAACCAGGAUAUUGAGUAUAUCAUCGAUGAAGCAGUGAAUGAAAUCAAUCCCAACACUUGGGAGAGUGUUAAAAGUAAAACAAGAUCGAAGGUAGAGUGUCUGAAAAGGGCCCAACAAAAAGCUGAUGAAGCUACAAAGGACAUCAAUAAACUGAAAGAUCUGGUUUCUAGUCCGAAAUUCGAUGCCCCCGCCACCACGAAAGACCUAAUCAGAAACAACAUUGCCAAAGUUCAAGAUGACAUCAACCAAGCCAAAAAAGAACUUGAAUUUGAACAGAGGCAGGGAAGCGUAACGGAAAAAUACUGGGACAAAGUGGAAAAGGCCAGACAGCACUUUUCUGAAGAACUGGAAAGCCUUUUUCCCACCAUCGACCUUUCCAAGAAGAAAUUAGGGGUUACGGAAGAAGAUCUGGAUCUCUUCGUACUGCAUACCUACGCCAACGUCUUGUUCUAUCAGAAAGAGUUGGCUAAAAUGGAGACGAUAAUCCAAGAAAAAAUCCAGUCUGCAGCUGAGGCGGCGAAAAGAGGUGGUGGAGAGAUUUUGACCAACGCACAGAUUUGUGAGGCAUUGGAGCAAGAAAAGAGGAGACUUACGUUGUGUUUCCAGCAGCAGGUGUUGAAACUAAGAAGAGAAGCAGAGUUAGAAAUGAGGGAACAGCUCAAGAGACAGUCGCAAGCUUUCACGGACCAUCUGGAGGAUGCUGU